GUCACCGACCUCCCCUUCUUCCUCACUCUCGAGCUGACUGAUCGUUCCCCGGCGUCUCGUCGCCACUGCUCCUCUGCACAUUUCGAUGUGAUGGAGACGGGGUACGACUUCAUUCUCGGCACUCCGUGGUCUCGUCGGUUCCGCAGCACCGAGGCCGAUAGGGCGACCAACACUCUCGUUCUCAAAACGAAGUGUGGACAGACGUAUCGCGUACCUUUCAUAGGUACCACGGUGAUACCACGCCCCGAUCCUCCUCCCCCGGAGCCUUCAGUGCCCACACCAUGUCCCUCUAUCACUGUCACCUCGCCUCGGCAAUUCGCUCACUUCAUUCGACAGGACGACGUCACCUUCUUUAUGGUGGAAGUGACGGAUCUCUUACACUAUGAUCCACCCUGUCCCGAUGCCGAGCUCAUCCCUCUGGAGCCAGAUCCUCCCUCUAUCUCCAUGGCUCCCAUCUCUACUUUCGUCCCUUCGCCGUCCGUCAAGUCCACCCCGCCGUCGGGCGCUGACGCUGACGCUGAGGAACUCGCACGAUAUACGGCUGACCUGGAGCCCGCAGUUCGUGACCUCAUCCGCGAGUACCAUGACGUUUUCCCAUCGUCGUUCUCGUACGCCGGCAUCCCACCGAUGCGCGACAUCGAGCACUCCAUUCAGCUCGUGCCUGACUAUCGUGUUCACCACCUGACACCCUACAGACUCUCGAUCCCCGAGGCCACUAAACUCAAGCGUCAGCUUGAGGAGCUCCUGAGACUGGGUUUCAUUAAAACCAGCAACUCCCCGUGGGGUGCACCCGUCCUCUUUGCUCGCAAAGCGGAUGGAACUCUUCGUCUCUGCAUCGACUACCGCGGCCUCAACCGCUACACGGUUAAGAACAACUACCCCAUGCCUCGUUCCGAUGAGCUGAUAUACUGCAGCACUGAUUCAUUGAAUCCGAUCCGAAUGGGCGCCAUGGGGGAAGACAGCCGCUACACGUCGAUGGCCGCGCUGUCACGGUUAAAUGAUAGGAUAACGGAUGUGCUGAAGCAAGUAGCGAAUGAGCCGUCUGUUGGACUCUACUUUGUUCAACAACAUGUGCAGAAGGCGGUUCCCCAGCUGUGCAAUCUCAAGAAAGACAUCAAGGAGCUUUCAUAUAGUGCAUCAUAUUUGACUGAUGAUCUAAUGACAGCCACGUCGACAGUUAGGGUUAUGAAGUCAUGCGGAUUGCCUGUACUCGACCACAUUACUAAGACUCUGGAUACUACAUCGACCUGCCUGGCAGCGCUAAGAUCAUCCCGAGGAAGCGGCCAGCUGUUGCAACCGGGUUUCACGCCAUGGUCCACACCAGCUUCGAGUCCCACGAGACAGCAUCACGGUCAGGGCAGCCCUGCAUUUUACAGGAGUUCCAGUUCAAGGUGGCCAUCCUCCGGUGGCGCCAAUGCCAGUGGGACUUCUGAUGACACCCGCGAUGUGUCGUCAUUGCCCCAGCGGAAGCUGUCCCAUUCAUUGUCUGCUAUCCCAAUUAGAGCGCAAAGACCUCUUGUGCUGGAGAAGGGUGGAUCGCUAAAUUUGCGCGGCUCGUUAGACUUGCGAUCGGUACUUGGUGCAACUGUAGAGAGUGUUGGGAAGCUGUCUGGAUGGUCAAUGAUUCCGUUUUUCGAUGGGCCAAAGGAGGUCAUAAACACCAGUCCAUACUCGGCGUCGGAGGGGCCCCAGGAGGAGGGGGGAGGUUUAACUCCCUCCACGUCCGGCAAAUGGGACUGCAGCGAUGACGGAUCGGAGGAUGCCACAAGGGACCUGCAGGUACGCAGAAGGGCCAGCAUCGAUAACAAAGAGUGCGACGCUUCAGGAAGGGGCAAUCCUGACGCUGAGACAUCGGAAUCCGUGACCAGUCAGCCAGAAACCGGCGAGCACAGGAAUGAAAUUGAGUUCUCAGAAGAGUCUGCGUUUGCAUUCGCUAAAGAUCCGGCUAGCGGUGAAGAAGAGCUGAAGAGGUUACGGCGUCUUCAAGCAUGGCUUGACGACGGCGAUAUAGACUAGAUAGAAGCUUGAUCACCAACCUGGGGGAUGGAUGGAUGGAUGGUGGAUGUUUUUAUUUUUUUUUAUUUUUUUUAUUUUAUUUACUUUUCUCACAUCUGAAUGAGUCUAGCGUUUGGCUAUAGGAAGACGGAACAGAUAUUGUCCAAGAGCUAAAGAGGAUAAGACGGCUUGCAGUGAUCUUUAUUAUUUUAUUCUUCGUUUGAAAGUUGAAUUUCCCUUCUUGUUUAUUUGUUCAAGUCUGUGCUAAGUGGACUUGCUUAUGUGAUCCUCAGGACGGGACAUUUCUGUGAUCGCUGUUUUAGUAUU